UAGUACUAUGGAGAUAAAAAGAUAUGUUUAUAAAAAACAACGCUUACGGGAAGUAAUUCGAAAUCAAAUGUUUAAUUCAGCUGAAGAUUUCCUUUCAGCUUUGUUCAUAUAGAUCUAUGUAUCUAUCUCGUACUGAUGAGUUACAACUCACUCAGCAAUAAUAGUGAUCUAACUACAGGUUUCGGUUCUACAAAAUUGAAUAUCAUGUUUGACGUUUCCUAUGCAAUGUCGAAAAGUAUGCAAAAGACAAUAUGAAUCUACGCAUUUCUUAUUUGAUAUUCCUAUGCUGUGUCGCGCUUCCUUUGAUAAAACCAGAAAACGAAUACUGUUCAACCAUUCAGCUUCCCUUAGAUAUAUACAGACAAUAUUACCAUUACAGUUACCCCCCACCAACACUAGACAAAAACUUACCCACGCCGCCAUUAUUACAGCAAGGAGAAUGUGGGGUGUCUGUCAACGACCAAUCACAACAAAUCGUCAAUGGCAACGACGCUCCCGAGAAGGCCUGGCCAUGGCAAGUUUGGUUAUUUAGUAUGGCUGGAAUGUGUGGUGGCUCAAUUCUAACCAGAGAGUGGAUACUAACGGCUGCACAUUGUGUAGGAGAAAACGUUGACAUCCUGGCUUUUUAUGGAGCAACUGUUCUUGCAAAAUUAACAGUUACCCAUGUUAGUAAAUAUAUUACACGCAAGGAUUAUGACAAUCAAACCUACUUGAACGACAUCGCACUGUUAAAACUUCAAGAGCCGUUAAAUUUUUCCGAAUCUGUAAGGCCGAUAUGUCUACCUGAAGGCAACAUCUGGGACGCUGCGCCGUGUUUUGCUAUUGGUUGGGGAUCAACGACACGUAAUGUCUCAGACUUUAGGAUGCCACCUGUCCUCCAACAGCUUAAGGUCGAGAUAUUGAACCAGACACUCUGUCAAACUAUUCGCCAGUUUUUAGGCGUGAAUUUUACAGAUGGCAACUUCUGUAUUAACUCACCUGGUAGUUCAGGUGUGUUCCAAGGGGACUCAGGGGGAUCCUUGAGCUGUAUGAAGAACGGGCGGUACUACAUUCUGGGAGUCACAAACACAGGUCCCCCCAUUGGGUUCGAGUGGCUUCAUGACGCGUUCACGGCAGUAUCUAAAUACGUGAAGUGGAUCACUGAAACUAUUCUCGCUAAUUAAAUGGUGGUACCGCCACUAGAUUUAGAUUGAUUGAAUAAUGAUAAGAUGCUUAGAGAAAUUUUUUAAAUAAAUCUUGUUAAUGAUUGAUCGUAUGCUUUUAGUAUUUGUUUCUGCUAAUAACAAUUGCUGGGUAUGUUUAUUAUGCUUGAUAUGGGAAAGUUUUUGUCGGAUGUUACAAGAUCUGUUUGUUCAACCUACACCUCGACUAAAUGUACUGUUUCUUAUUCAAGAUUCUAACACUAAAACUUAGCAUAAUUGUUUUGUUUUGGUUUGUUUUAAAA